GCACUCAGAUGCCUUCGGUGGCUCCUGUGGCUUCAUCACACCAUAAUUCGCACAUCGCAGAUCGUGGCCGUUAGGGUGGGACUUUUGUUCCCAUGGUAGCUCUGACAGAACAGAUGGCGAGGUUGCCUCUUUGGGCACAACAGUCGAUGUCAGGCGUGUUCCAGUCCAGCUGACCUGCACAGGGGGCAUUCGUCUCUGGGAGCUGCGCGCUGCUGCUUUUUCCCACUUCUGAAGUAUCACAUUGUGUCUCCAACAUCACCGGCUGGAGACGAACGGACACUGCAUCCACCUGGUGGUUUCUAUUCCGGUUAACAGAGCUGAUUAUUUCUACUUCAAAACAUAAACUGCACCCCACGCGCAUUCUCCUUGAGCAUACUGGCUGGUGUUAAAUACAGUAGCCUGCAGCAUUCUUGCGUAUGCAGAGGAUACAACGCUUCAUAGGUUGGAAGUGACCAGAUGUCCGUUGGGUCUGCCUUUUGCAAAGAAACUCCUUUGGCUUCGGAAUCACAUCUCUACUGCAGCUAGCUAGUGGCAAAGAAAACUAAUGCUAAUCAACUGUCCUUUCACACCUUUCUCCCAAACACUGCCUCUCAUCUAAGUGUUUUUUGGGGAGAGAGAGCAGCAAACAUGGCACUCAACUCCCAGCUUUGGCCUCCUCUAAUCUUGCUGUUUGUGGGGUUUCUUCUUCCUUUCCUGUCACCGGUGCACGGUAAAGAAUGUCCUCGUUUGUGUGUAUGUGAGAUCCGUCCUUGGUUCACUCCUCAGUCAACCUACAAGGAGGCAACGACAGUGGACUGCAAUGACUUGAGGCUGACACACAUCCCCACCAAUCUGUCAGCAGACACCCAGGUGUUACUGCUCCAAAGCAAUGCCAUCUCUCGCACCAGUGGAGAGCUCCAGGCUCUGUUUAACUUAACAGAACUGGACCUGUCCCAGAACAACUUCACCAAUAUGCAAGCUGUUGGCCUCCCAAACAUGAACCAUCUGACCACCCUGCAUCUAGAAGAGAACCAGAUCAGUGAGUUGCCAGACAGCUGUCUGGGAAAUCUCUCCAACCUUCAGGAACUCUACAUCAACCACAACCAGAUCAGCUCCAUCUCCCCUCGAGCAUUUGCAGGCCUGCCCAGUUUGCUGCGGUUGCACCUCAACUCAAACAAGCUCCAUGUGAUAGACAGCCGCUGGUUUGAAGAAACACCAAAUCUUGAGAUCCUAAUGAUUGGGGAGAACCCAGUUAUUGGCCUCCUGGACAUGAACUUUCAGCCUCUGGGAAGUCUGAGGAGUCUGGUUCUGGCUGGCAUGGAUCUCACUGAUGUUCCAGCAAAUGCAUUUGUAGGCUUAGAUAAUCUUGAAAGCAUUUCUUUCUAUGACAACAAACUGGUCAAAAUCCCUCAACUUGCUCUUGAAAAAGUUCCCAAUCUGAAAUUCCUGGAUUUAAACAAAAAUCCAGUUCACAAAAUUGAGGAAGGAGACUUCAGAAACAUGCUACAUCUUAAGGAGCUGGGCAUCAAUAAUAUGAUGGAAUUAGUCUCUAUUGAUCGUUAUGCUCUGGACAACCUGCCAGAACUGACUAAACUGGAAGCCACCAACAACCCCAAGCUGUCCUACAUCCACAGAUUAGCGUUUCGGGAUAUGCCCUCCCUAGAGAGCCUGAUGCUCAACAGUAAUGCUCUGACUGCCCUUUACCAGCACACUGUGGAGGUGCUACCUAACCUGCGAGAGAUCAGCAUCCACAGCAAUCCUUUGCGCUGCGAUUGUGUCAUUCAGUGGAUGAGUUCUAACAGAACCACAGUGCGCUUUAUGGAGCCUUUGGCAAUGUUAUGCACCUCCCCACCAGAACUCAGAGGCCAGCGGGUUAAAGAACUACGGCUGCUGGAGUCACCAGAGCAGUGUCUUCCUCUCAUAUCCCAUGACACCUUCCCCAGCCACCUGAACCUUGAACUGGGCAUGAGUGUCCUCUUGGACUGUCGGGCAAUGGCUGAACCAGAACCUGAAAUCUACUGGGUGACCCCUGUUGGUACUAAAAUCACAACAGACACUGUAUCAGAGCGCUUUCACCUAAGCAGUGAAGGGACUUUGCGGAUCUCUCAUGUGCAGGUGGAAGAUUCUGGCCGUUACACGUGUGUGGCGCAGAACACAGAAGGCGCUGACACGUGGGUUGCCACCAUCCGGGUAAACGGUACUCUGCUGGAUGACGCUCAGGUGCUGAAAAUCUAUGUGAAGCAGAUAGAGUCCCAUUCCAUCCUGGUUUCCUGGAAAGUAAACUCAAAUGUCAUGUCCUCCAACCUUAAAUGGGCUUCAGCCACCAUGAAGAUCGACAACCCACACAUCACUUACACAGCUCGUGUUCCUGUAGAUGUUCAUGAGUACAACCUCACACACCUUCAACCUGCCACUGAGUACGAAGUAUGCCUCACAGUCUCCAACAUCCACUUGCAGACACAUAAGUCUUGUGUCAAUGUGACGACACGUAGUGCUACGUUCGCGCUGGAUCUAUCAGAUCAGCACCCAAGCGUGGCUGUGCUGGCUGUCAUGUCCACCGUGUUGGCCUUUCUCAGUCUUGCCACUGUUGGCAUCUUCAUGGCCCGCAGAUGGAAGAGAAAAAACUACCAUCACUCCCUGAAGAAAUACAUGCUGAAGACAUCUUCCAUCCCACUUAAUGAGCUCUACCCUCCACUCAUUAAUCUGUGGGAGGCCGAUGGGGAGAAGGACAAAGACGGCAGCACAGAGGGGAAACCUUCUCCUGUCGACACCACGCGAAGUUAUUACAUGUGGUGAGGACUGACUAAGGAGGCCUCACUGCCUCUCCAGCAGCACAAAAAGACCCACUUUUGCCAUUUUGGUGCAAAAGUCAGUUAAGGUUGCAAGUGUUUUUUGUAUUCUCAUCUUUGCUAAUAAGAAGCAGAGUAAUUAAAAGCAGGAACUUUAUUAGUAUAGCGUAUCGCCUUUGUUUCAUCUGUAUCCAUUAAUUACUCUGGACUCCGAAACGGCAGCUGUAUUUAGCCUCCAGGUUGUCUUAGUUGCUCAGCUCUUUUUCUGUGGUGCAUUUUUGACACUUUGUUUUGGGUUGAUCACACUGCAGCAGGGGCAGAUUCUCUUAUUGCAGCAUUAGUAGUAAUUGAUGUUUUAUUAUAAUUUCUUUUCUGUUUUGUGAAACAGUUCAUCUGUUGUGCUCUGAUAGGUAAAGAAGUUUGUACAAACUUCAAUUAAAAGCUGACAGUGGGGUUUAGACUUGUUAUACUGUCUACUUAAUGUUAGCAAUUGUGCAGUAAUGUUGUAUCAACUACAUUUGAACUUUGACUUACACUGCAAGAGAGUAGAACUUUAGUUUGCUAAUAAAUGUAAUGUUAAACACUAGAAAUACAUUUACUGAAACCUCUUUUCUUCUUUUUAAGGUGCACUAGAAAAUUUCCCCUUUCUCUACAUACAUAUUUCUUUGACUAGACUAUUUUGCUAUUUGCGUUCUUUUAUUAUUUUCACAUGCACUAUGUAUACUGAAGUCAGAAUAAAUAGAAUUUUGGUUCUUUUGUAGACAUUUUUUAUUCAUUUAAAUAUUUUGUUAGUUCUCUAAUCCUAGUAUUAAUGUAUACUUAAGGUUUAAGAAAGAAUGUUUCAUUCCCCUCUUUGU